AAGAGCGCAGGGCUCGUUUCCGGUCGCGUCUCAAUGACGUAGUUGAAGUCAUCUGGUAAGAUCCACGACUGGAAAAGAGGCUUUUCGUCUAUCGGGAAGAGAGGAAGGGGAUCCAGUCUCUCGUAGGCUCGACCAGGUUCAUUGACAACCAUGGCGCAGUACAAAGGAGCUGCCAGCGAGGCUGGCCGGGCACUUCAACUGAUGAAGAAGAGAGAGCGGCAGCGUGAACAUAUGGAGCAGAUGAGGCAACGCAUUGCUGAGGAAAACAUCAUGAAAUCAAACAUCGACAAGAAAUUCUCUGCCCAUUACGAUGCAGUGGAAGCAGAGCUGAAGUCCAGCACAGUGGGCCUGGUGACCCUGAAUGACAUGAAGGCCAAGCAAGAAGCGCUUGUAAAGGAACGGGAGAAGCAGCUGGCAAAAAAAGAACAGUCCAAAGAGCUGCAGCUGAAGCUGGAGCGGAUGCGGGAGCGAGAGCGCAAGCAGGAACAGAAACGUAAGAUCUCAAGCUUAUCCUUCACUUUGGAUGAAGAAGAGGAAGAGGAUGGAGCUGAGGAGGAGGAGGACGAAGUCGAGCUGGAGCAGGAAGAGCUCCCUCCCAAGAAGAAGAAAUUGGGGAAGAACCCAGACGUGGACACUAGUUUCCUGCCUGAUCGUGACCGUGAGGAAGAAGAAAACCGCCUGCGAGAAGAGCUGCGCCAGGAGUGGGAGGGCAAACAGGAGAAAAUUAAGAGUGAAGAAAUUGAAAUUACCUUCAGCUACUGGGAUGGCUCUGGCCACCGCCGAACUGUCAAGAUGAAGAAGGGGAACACAAUUCAGCAGUUUCUACAAAAAGCUCUGGAGAUCUUGCGUAAGGACUUCAGUGAACUCCGAUCUGCUGGUGUGGAACAACUCAUGUACAUCAAGGAAGAUCUCAUAAUCCCACAUCAUCACAGCUUCUAUGACUUCAUUGUUACCAAGGCUCGAGGGAAAAGUGGGCCGCUCUUCAAUUUUGACGUCCAUGAUGAUGUUCGGCUUUUGAGUGAUGCUACGGUGGAAAAAGAUGAGUCCCAUGCAGGCAAGGUUGUACUUCGCAGCUGGUAUGAGAAGAACAAACACAUCUUCCCUGCAAGCCGGUGGGAGCCCUAUGACCCAGAGAAGAAGUGGGACAAGUAUACGAUCCGGUGAGCAGCUGUCCGUGUGUUGCUUGUGGUCAUGUGAGGCCUUCCCUGUUCUUCUGGAGUAAUUCCUUUUUAGUCAAGCCCAGACUCUCCAACUUUGUCUUUGUACCUCUUCCUUGAGUGCGUCGACCCUUGGUGAAAAUAAACAUUGCCUUUCCCAAAUGGAAA